AUGCAGAAAUUCCAACAACAUUUUAUUCUUAAAUUACGUUCACUGGAUAAAACAGUAACAUCACGUGGCGGCUCCCCCGGAUCUUGCGGGUCACAGCCUCUACCCGCGUCUCCAGGUCUGGCAUCGAUCUACGUUACACAGGACUCACAACGGCGUUCGCGCCGGGUUCAACAGCACGGCCCGCAGGGCGGCGAGGGGCCGCAGGGAGGGCACGGGCUCGGUCCACAGCUUGGGGGCCCGCAGCUCGGGGGCCCGCAGCACGGCGACGGUCCGCAGGGCCCGCACGGCCCGCAGCAAGGUUGCGGCCGGCAGAACGACGGGCAAGGGUUGAAGCAGCACGGCGAGCAGGACGGCGGCGGACAUGGCCCGCACGAUGGAGGCGGGCAGGGGCCACACGAGGGCGGCGGGCAGGGGCCGCACGAGGGCUGCGGGCAGGGACCGCACGAGGGCUGCGGGCAGGGACCGCAGGACGGGGGCGGGCACGGCGGCGGCGAACAGCACGACGGCGGCGGGCAAGGCCCACACGACGGGGGCCCGCAAGAAGGAGGCGGGCACGACGGCGGCGAGCAGCACGGCAUGCAAGGCCCGCAGGGGCCGCAGCACGGCCCGCAGCAGCAGGGAAAGCAGGGACCGCAGCAAGGACCGCAACACGCCAUUUUCUCGAUCGGUUUAUUUACACCACGUGAUUUCUUACUAGGUCAAUAG